CGCGACAGAUCUGUUCUCUGUUCUCUGAUCGGGUGCGCGCGCGCGCGUGUGUGUGUGUUUGGCGCAGUCACACAGAUGCAGCGUGUGUGUCCUGACAGCAGCAUGUGAGCGGGUGUGUGUGUGUGUGUGUGUGUGAGCAGGUGUUUUCAGGAGGAGGGACACACACUCCCUCUAAAAGAGCAGCAUCACGGAGGCGGCCGGAGUAUUCGCAUUUUUCUUUCGUUUUUUGUUCUUCUUCUUCCUCAUCGUGAUCGUGGGAGGUGCUUUUUCUUUUCAUUUGCUCGCUCUGUCCAUCAUCUGCCUGCUCGUCUAUUUCUCCAUCUAUCUCAUCUAUAAUUUCUUUGGGUUGUGAGUUUCUCGGAGGGACUGAGUGUGUUCUUACCUUCUUCCUUUUCUCCUCCUCUUCAUCAUCAUCAUCAUCAUCAUCCCGCGGCCGGUGUGUUUGACAGUAGGAGACUCUCUUCAUUCAUGAGUCUGGGCUCAGGCGCUUCUCCAGAUGCGCAAACACACACGCCUCUUUCUGCUCUUUUACAAUGGACUAAAUGCGGAGUGAAGCCGAUUCAGCUCAGGUGAAUGUGAACGGGACGCCGGAGGACGGGAGCGCGCACACUGUUCGACGCUCUAAAAUCCAGGACACUGAAGAUCAGCAGCUCCAGAGGACAAACACACACAUACACACACACGAGAACAGAGAGAGAAACUACGGACCGACUGCUAUCAGUGUCCACAGGGAAUGAGAGCCCUACAGAAUCAUGUGGUUUCUGAGAUGGAGGAGUGAGAGUUUGGCUGAACACACACGAGGUCUCUCUCUCCUCCAUCAUGUCCAUCUGCGUUUACCGAGGCUUGACUCCACCCUCUCAGGAAAAGCGGGCGUGGCUUUGUCCGCCAGCCCCGCCCUCACCCCACUGGCCCCGCCCCUCGCUCCCCCAGCUGUUGGCCGUGUGCCUGCUUCUGCUUCUACCAGCCGUCCAAUCACGGCGCGAUCGCGGCGGAGGGGGCGUGGCCCACUACAUCCCAUCAUCAGUGGCCCAGUUCCCGCCCGUCUCCAAGCUUCUGCAGGGGCUGAGCAUCGCGGUGGUGCUGGUGGGCAACUCCAGUGAGGUGGUGCUCGCUGGCACGCGCGAGAAGGACGACUUCGGCCACAUGCCGCUAGCGCCCAGCGUGGAGAUGCUCACCAUGAACGAGACGGACCCCAAGAGCAUCAUCAAGAGCAUCUGCGACCUGAUGACGGAGCACUGGCUGCAGGGUGUAGUGUUCGGAGACGACACCGACCAGGAGGCCAUCGCUCAGAUCCUGGACUUCAUCUCGGCACAGACACACAUCCCCAUCCUGGGCGUCAAGGGAGGAUCCUCCAUGAUCAUGGCCGCUAAGGACGACAGCUCCAUGUUCUUCCAGUUCGGUCCCUCCAUCGAGCAGCAGGCGUCUGUUAUUCUCAACAUCAUGGAGGAGUACGACUGGUACAUCUUCUCCAUCGUCACCACAUACUACCCCGGGUACCAGGACUUCGUUACCAAGAUCCGCAGCACGAUCGAGAACAGUUUCGUGGGCUGGGAGCUGGAGGAGGUGCUCCUGCUGGACAUGUCUGUGGACGACGGAGACGCUAAGAUCCAGAACCAGCUGAAGAAGCUGCAGAGCCCCGUGAUCCUGCUCUACUCCACUAAAGAGGAGGCCAACGUGAUCUUCGAGGUGGCUCAUUCUGUGGGCCUGACGGGCUACGGCUACACCUGGAUCGUGCCGUCUCUGGUGGCGGGAGACGCCGACCACAUCCCGCCGGAGUUUCCCACAGGCAUGAUCUCGGUCUCCUAUGACGAGUGGGAUUAUGGUCUGGAGGCGCGUGUGAGGGACGGUGUGGCUGUGAUCUCCUCCGCCACCUCCACCAUGAUGAUGGACAGAGGGCCACACACACUCCUGAAGCCCGAGUGCCACGGGGCCCCCGACAAGAAGAGUCCGAUUGCAGGCAAUAACAACGAGGUGCUCAGGUAUCUUAUGAACGUGACGUUCGAGGGCCGUAAUCUCUCCUUCAGUGAGGACGGGUAUCAGAUGCACCAACUGGUGAUCAUCCUGCUGGACAAGGAGAGACAGUGGGACAGAGUGGGCAAGUGGGAGAACGGCUCUCUGAGCAUGAAGUAUCACGUGUGGCCACGCUUCGAGCUGUACUCCGGCUCAGAGAACCGCGAGGACGAUCAUCUGUCCAUCGUGACGCUGGAGGAGGCGCCGUUCGUGAUCGUGGAGGACGUGGAUCCGCUGAGCGGGACCUGCAUGAGGAACACCGUGCCCUGCCGAAAGCAGCUCAAAACACUUAAUAAGACGAGUGAGCCUCCGGUCUACAUCAAGCGCUGCUGUAAAGGUUUCUGUAUCGACAUCCUGAAGAAGAUCGCCAAGUCUGUGAAGUUCUCGUACGAUCUUUAUCUGGUGACCAACGGCAAACAUGGCAAGAAGAUCAACGGCACGUGGAACGGGCUGGUGGGAGAGGUGGUGCUGAAGAACGCUCACAUGGCUGUCGGUUCGCUGACCAUCAACGAGGAGAGGUCAGAGGUCAUCGAUUUCUCCGUGCCGUUCAUCGAGACGGGCAUCAGUGUCAUGGUGUCGAGGAGCAACGGCACUGUGUCUCCGUCAGCGUUCCUCGAGCCCUUCAGUGCUGACGUGUGGAUCAUGAUGUUCGUGAUGCUCCUGCUGGUGUCGGCCAUCGCUGUCUUCGUGUUCGAGUACUUCAGUCCUGUGGGUUACAACCGCCGUCUCAUUGACGGCCGAGAGGCCGGCGGGCCCUCGUUCACCGUGGGUAAGGCUAUCUGGCUGCUGUGGGGUCUGGUCUUCAAUAACUCGGUCCCCGUGCAGAACCCGAAGGGAACCACCAGUAAGAUCAUGGUGUCGGUGUGGGCCUUCUUCGCUGUGAUCUUCCUGGCCAGCUACACCGCUAACCUCGCCGCCUUCAUGAUCCAGGAGGAGUACGUGGACCAGGUGUCGGGCCUCAGCGACAAGAAGUUUCAGAGACCCAACGACUUCUCCCCGCCGUUUCGCUUCGGGACGGUCCCGAACGGCAGCACCGAGAGGAACAUACGCAAUAACUACAAAGAGAUGCACUCCUACAUGAUCAAAUUCCACCAGCGCAAUGUGAACGAGGCUCUGUACAGUCUGAAGACAGGUAAGCUGGAUGCCUUCAUCUACGACGCUGCGGUGCUGAACUACAUGGCGGGCCGAGACGAGGGCUGUAAGCUGGUCACCAUCGGCUCCGGGAAAGUGUUCGCGUCCACCGGCUACGGCAUCGCCAUCCAGAAGGACUCGGUGUGGAAGAGACAAGUGGACCUCGCCAUCCUGCAGCUCUUCGGAGACGGUGACAUGGAGGAGUUUGAGGCUCUCUGGCUGACGGGGAUCUGCCAUCACGAGAAGAAUGAAGUGAUGAGCAGUCAGCUGGACGUGGAUAACAUGGCCGGUGUGUUCUACAUGCUGGGAGCCGCCAUGGCCCUCUCGCUCAUCACCUUCAUCGCUGAACACGUCUUCUACUGGCACCUGCGCUUCUGCUUCAUGGGCGUGUUCUCCGGCAAACCUGGAUUCACCUACACCAUCAGCAGGGAGAUUUACAGCUGCAUUCACGGAGUGGAAAUCGAAGAGAAGAGUUCGGAUCUGAACUCCCCCUCCGCCACGAUGAACAACACCCACUCCAACAUCCUACGUCUGCUGCGCACGGCCAAGAACAUGGCGUCUCUGUCCGGGGUCAACGGCUCUCCGCACAGCGCACUGGACUUCAUCCGCCGCGAGUCCUCAGUGUACGACAUCAGCGAGCAGCGCCGGAGCCUGGCCGGGCCCUCGGACUGCAAGAGCCCAUACCUGCCCGAGGACAACAUGUUCAGCGACUACAUCAGCGAGGUGGAGCGCACCUUCGGGAACCUGCACCUGAAGGACAGCAACCUGUACCAGGAGCACUACCGGCUCCACCACGGGGGCUCUGCGCUGGGGCUGACGGAGGGCCCCGGGCCCCGGAGCCUGGGCUCCAGCAGCUCUCUGGAGGAGGGUCUGUUCGACUGCGACGGCCCCAGUGGAGGACCCAUCUUCAGCACCCAGCCCAGAUCUGCCCUCACACACAGGAACAUGAGCAAGUUCGACCUGCUCCACAGCCAGACUCCUCCGACCGGCCCUGGCUUGAAGCAAGGGCUUGCCGAGCUCUACGGAAAGUUCUCCUUUAAAGGCGGAGCGUCCAGUUCGGGGUAUAUCGCGGGGCAUCACCACGGAGCCGACGACGGAAACAUCCGCUCCGAUGUGUCUGACAUUUCAACUCACACCGUGACUUACGGAAACCUGGAGGGCAAUGCUAAGAAGCGUAAGCAGUACAGAGAUAGCCUGAAGAAGCGGCCCGCGUCGGCGAAGUCCCGGCGUGAAUUGGACGAGCUCGAGAUGGGUCACCGGCGCCGCCAGCACCACCAUUAUCACCAUCACGGGCAACGCUCCAACUCUCCUCCGUCUAAGAGCAAGCGAGGUGGCCGCGUAAACUCCUCCUCAUACCUGUUACAGGACAAGGAGAGCCUGAGGGAUUUCUACCUGGACCAGUUCCGGCCCAAAGAAGGCAUCCCGCAGUGGGAGCACGUGGACCUCACAGACGGGCCCGGUGGAGGGAACUGCACCAGCCUGGUGUCGGUGGACGACUUCUUGAAGAGCAAGCCCAAGAAGCCGGAGGGCCAGAGCGAGUGGGAGUGCCGCAGCUGUCGAGCUAGCAGUGCGGGGAGCAAGCAGACGGGGCACGUGGGCGGGACGGGUUACUGUGUGGCGUCGGGAGGAGUCGGGAGUCGACCCAGUUCUGCCACAUGCAUGCGGUGCGAAGCCUGCAAGAAGUCCGGGAACCUGUACGACAUCAGCGAGGACAGUAACCACCUGUUGGACCAGCUGACGCCGGCGCAGCGCCGCAGGGCGUUCAGUGGGAAACCGCUACGCCGACAGCACUCCUACGACGCCUUCGUGGACCUGCAGAGGGAGCAGUCCGGCGUGCCGGCGCCGGGGUGUGGCGUAGCCGGCGUGAUCCCGCUGCCACCGCGCAGCGUCAGCCUCAAGGAGAGGGAGCGCUGCAUGGACGGGCCCUUCGCACACAUGUUGCAGUUCCCCGAGCCAGAGCCCGAGCAAGACCCGCUGUUCUACGGCGCCGCCGGGAAGAGCCCGUUCGGAUUGUUCCCGCACCGGCGCUCGGUUGGGGAGCGGGAUCUGAGGAACAGAGGACUCAUGGAGGGGCCAGCUCACUCCUUAUCCAAAUCCCUCUACCCCGACCGCACCGACCACAACCCCUUCAUCCCCACGUUUGGAGACGACCAGUGUCUCCUGCACGGUGCCAAGUCCUGCUACUCCACCACGCAGCACCAGCAGGGCGAUGUGUACGGGAACAUUGGCUCGACCUCAUUCCUGCCGGCGUCGGGAGGCUUGUCUAACCUAGCUCCUCGCUUCCCAGUGGAGAUGUGCAUGGGGAACCACUACACCAGCAAGCUCAGUCUCGGCCCGCCGCGGCCCUUCAACGGCAGCAACGGACACGUGUACGAGAAGCUCUCCAGCAUAGAGUCCGAUGUGUGAAACAGGGAGAGGAAAGGACAGAUCUAACAGAACACGCAGAACUUGAGAGAUUUGAACAUGUAAUUUCCUGUGAAGUUCACGUCCACACCAAUAGCGGUGAGAACAAGAGCUCGGCCAUCUGUCGAGUGUGUGAGAUGUCAGAUGGCCUCUCUCCAUCCUCACAUCUAACAGCCCAGUCCUGUA